AUGGAGUCAUACCUUUCAAACCUCUUCUGCGCCUUUGUGGGCGCGCUUGCUCUCGCGGUCCUCACUACAGCGAACCCGGUAGCGCUCGACGUCGGUUCAUGCCAACAUGCCACGACUGUCACCGCUACGGCUACGAUCGCUCCAACGGCGUCUGCAAGCACAACUUCAUCUCUUGCAACCGCAAGCCCGGGUACACCCCUCUCUCCAAAGGUUCUUCUUAUCGCCAAUACAUUCGAGUUUGGCUAUCUUGAGGAGUACAACUUUACGACUGUAUACACCGGCGACUUGUUUGAGCAACUCUUAGCCUGCACCACCGAUGGUACCGUUUGCAAGCUCGCCUGUGGACAAGAGCUAGUCUCGGCGUCGCAGAUCACUUCCCUUUUGUUGAUUCCCGGACUCGAUCUCAGGAAGACUUACAUCAUUGUCACUGGUACCGGGGGCGUAAAUCCCAAAUAUGGUACUGCCGGUGGAGCUGCUAUUAGUACAUUUGGAAUCCAAUGGGAAUGGGGCAACAUGUUUCUGGGGACCGACCUACCGGCCAAUUUCUCAGGACAAUACUUCUCUUCAUAUGCGCAGGAUGCGCCAUUCAAGUACCCUUUUACCGUUGGGACGGAGGUGUAUAAGCUCAACGAGGCUCUUGUUGAUCGCUUCUACAGUGUCGGUAGCAAGGUCACAUACGAGGAUGUUUCUGAAGCUUCGCAAAAGCUCCGGACCACUUAUAUUUAUGAUGCAGCAAAACAGGCGCCGUUCCUGGCAAGAUGCGACACCGUUUCUGCACAGACAUAUUGGCAUGGGAACGUGGCGGGGGAGAACGUUGAGUACUACUCCGCUGUUGUUACAACUGGCAAGGCACGCCCUUGCAAUACCAACCAGGACGAUCAAGGAAGGUUGGUAGCUCUAUUUUUGGGCGCGGUCCACAAGAAGAUCGACUUUGGAAGAAUUUCAAUGAUCAAGGCUUUCAGCAAUUUCGACCGACCUCCUCCCCAGUUGACGGCUUAUCAAUCUCGCUUUUAUGUCGGAGAAGGUGCGACAGAGCCUGGUCUGAGGAAUUCGUGGAAGACAAUUGUGGCGGUUGUGGAUGACGUGCUAGACAACUGGGAGACUAUAUUCGAGGCUGGCAUCAAGCCAAAUACAUAUAUGGGUGAUUUGAGAGAGAGACUUGGCGGAACCUCUGACUUUGGAACAACAGCCGGUGCCGCUGGUGGGUCAGUACAGGGCGCUUAG